UUUGAAAAGCAAUUUCUUGACCCAAAGGUUCGAGUAGCAACAGACAGAGGAAAGAGUGCAGAUUUUCAGACGUCUGGGGAAGUGUUUACUCAGGAAAGAGCUGAUGAAGCACUUCCUAAUGAUCCUUACAUGAACUACCUACUCUGGCCACACUUCCACUUCAGUGGCACUUUUCGUUCUGAUGUAUCAACCGUAAAUAACGACCCCUCCCGCUACGACACCGAAAACUUUGUCGCGGCAGACCUGUUGCAAGGCCCAGGAAACUGGAACCCAAAAGGCAGCGGCGAAUGGAGCGUGACUGGCUCAGUGAGUCAUGUGUGCUAUGCCAAUGGACACUGUGUGGGAGAAGAUGAGGGUGAUAAGGAAUCCGAACCACUCAUGGGGGCAAAGAUACGAGACGGUGGCAACGGAACGUGGGCAAAGAUGGUCGACUUGGACACCGAGGCCCAAACUUUCUCUGAGAUUUGGGGCUGGAGGAUUCGAAUUGGGAACCUGUUUUCGGCUGAUUAUAUGCCAGUCCCCUUUCAGUACAUGUGGAAAAAGAUGAUAAAAAACAGAGGAGGAGAUUCUACCCUCGGGGCAGCUUACCAAUCAGUUUUGUCAAAUAUUCGAUGGAUAGAUAAUGGAAAUGGUUCGCCAUUCAUCAAACAGCUCCAAAAGGCAAUGACCAAUUUCAACAUAACCAGCGACAAAUUAUCCAUACGAUUUAACGUGGACAUGUACCAGGCGAAUUAUGAGGAAAACAAUUUUACUACAGGACGAAUUACAGGUACAAUUGGUUUGUUAGGGCGGAAAUCCCCACCGUUCUUUACUCAUGGCCGCAUGAUGAAGUCACUGGUGAGUCAUCUUCAGGAUACGCCUUUUUACGUCGAUCAACAUCACAGGAAAGUUUUUGUUGACUUUGGCAACAGUUUACCAAUAUACGAAAAUGGAACCAUAGCUACCAAUAUUUUUGAGGGUCUCCUUGUUGCUUUACCUUUAAAUGAAAAUCCAUCGCUGACGUGUUCUGAUGAUCUGCUCUGGCUUGGUAUGGUCUAUGACAAGUAUCUCCACUGGUACGAAAAUUCCGCUGGAAUCCAGAUCUUCCCGGCCUUAGGAUCUCUUACAGAUAACGAGAUGGAAACAUUGAGCAACCACCCCCUGGUUGUUGUUGAGGUACAUGAUCAGUAUGUAUCAUUUUAUUUCAUGUACACGGUUUUCAUUAUUUUCUCAACAUCGACGUUAAUACAUAAUUGCAAGGUGAAUUAUUUUGAUAAAAGAGAAGACGGAACUCAAAUCAGUGUCUUCCGAUAUGUCAUUAAUGAUAAUAGGUUUAAACAAAUCCAGACUAAUGCGGUACUAUUAUUCUGGUUUAAAGAUUUAAAACUAAACCAACUGCAAAGCAUUCGUCGGAUGGUUUCCCCGCUGAGCAACCUUGGGGACAGCGAGGAAGAAGCAAACCAGCAAAACAGCGAAAAGCACGGUCAUUUUCCAGGCGACGACAUAAAAAUUGUCAAGCAUCACAACACAAUAGGCGGAUUUUACAAUCACAUUUUGAAUGCCCUCGGUUAUCUCACUGAUUGCGGGAGAAACAACAGUAUAUUCACCGGAGACAGGGGCCGACAGGUUGACUUCAGUGAAUGGUCUGUACACGGACAUACCAUUAAGGUUUAUGACUACUUUACAGCCGUGGAAGCCAUCCAGGACAUCAUUGAUCAAGGUGAAGGUAGCUCUCCUUGUAACCCCGUUGCCUGGGAUUCAGGGAGUGAAAAGUACUUGUCCCAUUACUUCCUAUUCUACUCCGUUGCUGAGAAGCACGAAAUUGAAGUUGUGGAGACGGUGCUGCCAACAGACGACAGUGGUGACAAAACUGUGGUAGAUUACACAAAGCUGUGCAAUGGCACAUACUACUUCAAUGGUACCCGGAUUCCCUUCGAUCCUGAUGGAGUUUGGCCGAUGGUUCCCAAUCCCCGGAUGUCAAAAUACGUAGAGGGCUCCAAGGCCCAUAAGCAGGCAGAAAGGUUUAACAUGAUCUACACCAAACUAUUGAAAUCACUGGAGAACGUGUUUAAUGGCCACCCUGACACAUUGAAAGAUGCUCUUGGGUUAAUGUAUUCUGUUGACCUACACUUGGGGAACUUAGUGCGCACGCCUAUUGACGACACUGGAGACCCGGAUGUAGGGCCAAAUGCUGGCCCGACUUUUGAUUUUAUGCCGUAGAAUGCAUUUCCCUGCUAUCGAUCUUAAGUAUCUGUCCCCGAAAAGUUAAUAAUUGAACUAAAAACCACUUCUGAUAGCAAAAUGUCUCUUGGGCGGAAAAUUAUGAAUCUUUUGCAGAAUGUUAGCGUAACAAGAGUUAGUAUAUUUCCUUGCAUGUCCAAGAAUUUCGAUGACAAGAAGAAGCAAUUUGAAGCAAUUCACCGAAAUUUAAUAUGUACUUCUCGUUGAAUACUAAGUUUCUUGACAUAAUGAUAAUUACAAUAAAUGAUGACGAUUGUGAUGACGACGACGACGACGACGGCGACGACGACGACGACGACGAUGUUGUACAGGGUCGUGCAUCGCGGGAGUUUUGUUUUAUGGGGCUUUUCAUUAUUUUGUUAUGAUGACCUCGGUUUGAUUUUGUUGUUGUACCGGUAAUACAUUGCCGGAUUAACCUCUCGACUUCUUGAACUUAAACCAAGAUCGGCUGCUUACCGAAUUAUUUGCUUCAGCAUAUUUCAACUUGAUUAAUUUAAAGUCGUUUAACAUCCCCAGUUAAUGCUAAACAGCAUUCCAAGUUGACCCUUAUUGUGCCUUAACGAACUCGAAGCGUUUUGGUGAAUCGAGAACAUUAAUUAAGGUUCCGAGCAAAAGAGAGACUGCUCGCAGUCUAGGAAAUCUCUUGCGUUUAUAAUGACAACCAUUGAUGGUGUUGUUCCCCCGAUGACAAACUAGACAUGACGGCGGACAGGAAAUUAAACAAAGUUAAAGCGCACUGUUUUGAAAACGUCUAAAAACAGUUUUUAUAUAGUGAACAUUGUGUUUCUACUGACAGCAGUGAAUUGACGGGAUUUCAAUUAAUGAUAGCCUUUUAUUUGAAAUUGGUUUGUCUCUUGUUCGUGUACAAAUAUUGUUAUUUGCGCCCAACACAUUGUCAUAGGUUUUCGUUUUUCUCAAAGGGAAGUUCUGCGAGUUCGAGCAUGAAACUUGGCAUGGUAUAUGUUUAAUAAUGAUCUCUUAAGGCUGUAAAGUAAAAUAAUCGAAAAUUGAGGUACCAGAUGCAUUUUUAUGCUGUUAAACAUGACCUAUAUUUUGCCGUUAUUUUUAACACACUUCAGAGGUGUUUUUAAAAUGGUUCGGAAAACCACUAUAUCAACAUAUCUGAGAUUAGUUUAAAACGAAAAAUAAAUUAGAAUGGUUGUUCCACAUUUGUGUGAA